AUGCCCCAAAUGAGCUAUGCCAAACUCACCCAUUCUCUCAUGACUUCACAAGCUGUGGUCAGGGUUCACAACUCUCAGUCCACUUCUCCACUCGUUCAAUCCGGUAUGCCCGAUACCUCGGGUUUCUUCGCUCCUUCUCCUCUUUUUGCAUCAGUGACACCGAGAACGUAUCAUCUCAUUCUUCCGACUUCAGAACCCCCGACAGCCUCUUUGAUCUCGAUCACAGACGACACACCCAAUCAGUCAGUCCAACGAAGUGGAGGAAGGUCGUCAAUUCCUCUUCCUCUCAACCCUAUCAACAAGACCGUCCCUCCUCUUUCCCUGCCAAACACUAUCGACAUUAACUUUUCUCGACGCACUUACACAACUGCACAACCCUCUCAGGGAAGUUCCACGAAUGGACAGAUCCCACGAAACCAGUAUCCUAGUGCAAGAGCUACAGACGGGAGGAUGAACUACCGCUCAGCAACGGCUCAGAAGGGACAGAUAGAUGAUAUGUUUGAAGGUACAUGGAUGAGGGAGUUGAUAGUGGAUCAUAUAAAUGGUUGGAGGAGACCUUGUCCGGCUUUAUGGAAAGCCAAAUAUCCCCAAGAGACGCGUAAUACAGAUGAGCUCAGUCCUUGGAUCUCUUGCUCUGCAAGUUUAGAUUGGGCCAUUUGGAAUAUUGCCAAACAAUUGUCUAGGAUGAAGGGGAAGUCUGAUAAGGUCUGGUUGACAAUUGUGAGAUUGGACGGACCGGAAAAAUGGCAUCGUCCCUUCGCGCAUCCGCGCUCGCCCCGUGUGGACGACCAAAGUCCAUUCCGAUACGACCCAGAAUUCAAAGCUCGACGUAAGGCAGAGGAUUGUAAAGAGGUUUUGGCAUACGGUCGGAUUUUCGGAAAUAGCAUUAUAGCUGUUUUGCCAUUUUCAAUCAGUUCCACCCCUUUUCCCCUUCCGGACAAAUUCUGGCGACAUCCGUCCAACCCCUCUUCUGGACCAGGAUGGGUAGGUCGUUUAUGUUGGGAUGCGGAACGAGACUACUGGGAAACGGCUAAGAUGGCUUUGGGCCUACCUCUACAGCAGAUGAUCACUCCUACUUUUAGGGUACCUGUUCGUGGUACAGGAAGCUUUGGGGGAUAUAUGAGGGCAUGGGCUUGA